GGAGUGGAUUCACUCUCGGGUCGAUCCACGGGCAAACGGAAAUUCUCAAAAUGGGAUUUUUGAGCCGCGCAGAGCGGAGAGCGAAGAAUACCUUCAGAUGUUUCUGCUGCGCAAAAUCGCCGGAGGAGAGGGUGAAGCCAGAAGCGAAGCCGAAGACGCUCGGAUGUUUCUGCCGCGCGAAAUUGCCGGAGGAGACGUCGAAGCCAGAGACGAAGACGAAGAUGCUCGGAUGUUUCUGUCGCGCAAAAUUGCCGGAGGAGAGGCCGAAGCCGGAGAGGAAGAGGAAGGAGAGGAGGUUCUUCAGGAAGAGAAAGGAGAAGAAAAAAGGGAAUGGGCUCGCAAAACUCGUCAAUAAUAUGUCCUUCAAAUCCGAUAGCAUCAAGCAUAGGUCGGCAGCCGAGAUACUAAGAAUCGGCAACCAAAACAUCGCGGCCCGUGUAUUCACAUUCCACCAACUCGCAGCAGCAACGAAGAACUUCAGCUCGGAGAACCUGCUAGGCGAGGGUGGAUUCGGAAGAGUGUACAAAGGAUGCCUUGAGGAUUCCAAUGAAGUUAUAGCUGUAAAGCAGCUCGACAGGAACGGCGGUCAGGGAAACCGAGAAUUUCUUGUCGAAAUCCUAAUGCUUAGCCUCCUUCAUCACCCGAAUCUCGUGAAAUUGCUUGGAUAUUGUGUUGAUGGUGAUCAAAGGAUUCUAGUGUAUGAGUAUAUGCCUCUGGGUUCAUUGCAGGGUCAUCUCCUAGAUUUAUCAGCAAACAAGAAGCCAUUAGAUUGGAUUACUCGAAUGAAGAUCGCAGCAGGUGCAGCGAAAGGCCUUGAGUACUUGCACGACAUAGCCAGCCCACCAGUUAUAUACCGAGAUCUUAAAGCAUCGAACAUACUACUUGAUGAAGAGUUCAACCCAAAGUUGUCUGAUUUUGGCUUAGCUAAGCUCGGUCCGGUCGGUGACAUGAGCCAUGUUUCAACUAGGGUGAUGGGCACCUACGGUUAUUGUGCUCCGGAGUAUGCAUUAACAGGUCAAUUGACAAAGAUGUCGGAUGUGUACAGUUACGGGGUUAUGCUUCUGGAGCUCAUUACGGGAAGGAAGGCAAUCGACACCACAAAGCCAACUCGCGAGCAAAUGCUAGUUCGGUGGGCAGAGCCACUCUUUAAGGACAAGAAAAAGUUUGUGCAAAUGGCAGAUCCACUGCUACAAGGGAACUACCCUAUGAAGGGCCUAUACCAAGCUCUAGCAAUCGCUGCAAUGUGCCUUCAAGAAGAAGCGAACAGUCGGCCCCUAAUUAGCGAUGUUGUAACAGCUCUCGAGUAUCUUGCUGAUCCAAACCAUGGUAACCUAGAAGAAUCUGAAGAAUCUAUUCAUCAGACGUUUUCUCUUCCAAAGCACAUAGAGUGUGAAAAUGAUGGGGCCAAUGCGGAUGGUAAAUUACAGUUUAUACUAAAUGAUGAGGGAGAGUUGGUUUCUUCAAAUAAAUAAGUCGAAUAAAUAAGUGUUGAUACAAAUUUACAGGGACAACUAAAGAUAUGCAAGAGAACGGGGGAAAGGAGAUUAAGAAGCUGUAAGAUCUCAUGUCAUGACUGCUUCUCUGCAUUAUUUAAAAGGUGUAGGAGUUCAAUAUGCUUUGAUCUCAUAAUGCAAAGAUCCAUACAUAUACUCGGUGUUAAUAUGGAGCUUUUGUAAUUUCUUUAUGGAGUUUUUCAUCAAUUAGAGCCAGUUUGGCCCAAA